AUGCCGUAUUUUUGUGGUGGCUGUAAAGAAGAAAUAAAGCGACUGCGUGUAGCUUGUCCUAAAUGCAAAAACAGCUUUCAUCAAUCGUGUGUAGGAUACAAAGGACCGCUAACUCCACCUGCGAGUAAAAUUUCAGCCGACUGGCUCUGUCCUGAUUGCACCAUAAAAAUUCCUCGCGUAGGCGACAACUCUAGCACCCCGACACGAGGGUCGGCGUCUGAUACCAACGCUACUAACCCGCUGAUGAGCGAGACGAACACAGAAACGUACAUUGACUCAGAGAUCGAGAACGAGGAAUCUUCUGUGAACCCCGAUGCCCGGAGUACCGUUUAUCUCGACGAAAAGGUUACUAGUGCAAUACGGCUCGAAAUAAGAAACGCUCUAAAGACUGAAGUUUCCAUUUUGAUCAAAGGCAUCCUGAAAGCUGAACUGGCGCCAAUUCGUCAGGACUUGAACGAACUAAAGCAAUCAGUAGACUUUAAUGGCAACAGGCAAGACGAGUUUGAAAAAUCUCUGAACUCGCUAAACUUGAAUGUUAAAACAAUAGACUCUACUGUCAAUCGAAUUCAGCCUACAAUUCUGGGCCUCGAGGAACGCGUCAACGACCUUGAACAGCAGCUGCGCGAAUCAAAUUUGGAGUUUCACGGAAUAACCGAGUACAAUAACGAAAAAUUAAGCAACGUGAUUUUAAGGGUAGCUGAAACAGUUUCAUAUCCGCUUUCUGAACCGGACAUUGUUCACUGUACUCGUGUAGCAAAACUGAACCGGGAGAGCAAGCAGCCGCGCACAGUUAUAUUAAAACUAAAAAACCGACUUAGCCGAGACGGGUUCUACUCGGCUGUUUCAAGGUUCAACAAGGCCCACCCUUCGGAAAAGUUAAACACAUCCCACCUUGGGCUGGCUGGGGAGAGGUCCCCAGUAUACGUGUCGGAGCAUCUGUCGCCAGCAAAUAAGAGAUUGCACGCAGCAACUCGCAUUAAAUGUAAAGAGGCCCAGUAUAAAUUUGUGUGGGUACGAAACGCCAGAAUUUACGUCAGGAAAGACGAAUCAUCGCCGCCAAUAGUCAUUAAACACUUGUCAAAUCUAGACUCGCUCUAA